UCGAAAUAACCCCUAUUACCAAUAUAAAAUUAAAUUGCUGAGUUUCCAAUUGCAUUGACGUCAAUGCAAUAGGAAACCGAUGUUAUUUUAAUUAGCGAUAAUAAUAUUUCUUCAGUUUUGGAUUGGACUUCCGUCGGGCAACUUUCUUUCUAUUUUCUUGUGAUUCUAAUUAUUUUUCAAUACAUUUUUAUUUUAGCCAAUUAAAUAGUUUUUUUUUAAAAACCAUUUUCCGACCCACUCCGUAACAGUGGUGUCAGAAGUGGGAUACCAGUGUUGAUAUCGCCGUAAUCGUUCCACUGGUAUUCCAUAACGGGUCGUGUGUGUCCUGAAAACUGAAAAAGUUAUCGUGUGUGAACUUCACGUUGCCGACGAGAUAAUCCAGCUCCGGGGUGUCUAUAUUUUCUAAGUGAAAUCACACCUCGACAAACUCAGUGUCAUCUCCAAAGACGAGUCGCGACAGUAAGCCUUACGAGUGUCCUGCGUAAGCCUGCCGAUCGUCCCGAAUUUCCAAAUUCCAUCUCCCAGAGCUCAAUAUACGCGAGCUCUGUCACCUUGAUAUCGCCGCAAGGAGCCGGUGAUCGCCCUUGCCGCCCUGCCACGCGGAGCUGCCGCGUGGUGCUGCCACGUACGCGUUGUGCACGCGCGUGUGCCGUACACCGCCACCCCGCUGUUCCUGACGUUCCUGCUGCUGCUGGCCGCGAGUUAUCGCGCCGCAGUCCUCCUGUUCCAGUAAUCGUGCUAAUUCAGUGCCAGAAAAUGCGUAUCGAAUUCUUCGUGUUCCUGUGUCUAUCGACGCUGUCAUCGCCGAUCACAUGCGAAUACGUUUCUUCUAUCGUCAGCAGUCCUGGCGUCUACUUUGAUAAGCUUCUAGACAUUAAGUUUACUAAUAGUGAUUGGAAUGUUAUAGCAUAUGUUGAUAUAGGUCAUGUACAACCUAAUUUAGAUAAGGUCGAAUUUUUAUUUGAAAAGCUCAAUGUAUUCUGCAACUCGUUAGCUUCUUCUAAGAUACAGUCCGACUGUAUCAAUUCGUUAUCCGCUCUAAAAAAUCGUCAUAUUCUUAACGUUAGUAAGUUUUCUUCCGUAUCUUAUUUAUUGGUCGACGAAAAACCUCAUAUGCGUUUUAAAAGAGGUCUCAUGGACUUCGGUGGCUCUCUCCUUAAAACUAUUUUUGGCACUUUGGAUUCUGAAGACGCGGUGAGAUUUUCGAAAGCCAUAGACGAAGUACAAACUGAUGAGAAACGUCUCGCUCAUCUCAUGAAAGAUAACAUUCAUGUUAUUAAGUCGACCAUAUCAUAUUUCAACAACACGAUAUCUAAGGUCAACGAAAACGAAAACCACAUUUUAAGGAACAUGGAAACAAUCCAUAAAAUAUUAGAAACAGUUGUGAAUAGUAACAACAAACUAGAAAUCAAAUCUGAAUUAAGUUCCUUAUUAAAUUCAUUAGAGUCUAUUAUAAUGACUUUGUCUUUUGAUAUCGAAGAUAUUAACAACGCUAUUCUAUUCGCAAAACUCAACGUGUUGCAUCCCACUGUACUCAGUCCACACCAACUGUACAGUGAGUUGGAUAAGCAUAGGAAUAAUCUUCCUAGCCAUUAUGAACUUCCCGUUCCUUUAACGCUACAAAAUAUACAUAAUCUAAUUGACAUUUCACAACUUGUGUGCUUUUUCCAUUUAAAUAAAGUAAUUAUUGUUGUCAAGAUCCCUCUCGUAUUACCACAGGUGUAUGACCUGUAUAGGAUCAUUCCCCUACCUGUUCCUUACGAUAUGUUGAAACCAGAUACCUACGUUCUUAUCGAGCCAACUAGCUCAUAUGUAGCAAUCACAGCUGAUCGCAUGUUUUAUUCACUUAUCGCAGACAUAGACAAGUGCAAGUUAAUAAGUGAUAAGUGUUACGUGUGUGUGUUAACUAAUGUGUUUUCAGCAAUCGCUAACCCUACGUGUGAAACGAUUCUCUUAAGUGAUGUGAUUAGCAAACUUCCUGACAUUUGUGUUACAAAACUUAUUCACGGUUCAAUUGAUCUAUUUCAUAAGUUAACUAUAAAUCGUUGGAUUUUUGUACAAUCCGAACCUGGCAAGUGUCAUAUAACUUGUAAUGAUAAAGACAUAAGUUCUGACGUUAUUUUGUUUGGCACUGGUAUCUUGACCUUGCCUAGGAACUGUAAGGCUUUUUACAAGACGUUGCAAUUCGCCGCUGUUGGCGAAACAGUUAUUGGAAAUGUAACUAAUAAAAUAUCAAAUUUCAACAUCUUACAAGAUGAUUGUUGUGAGCGAUCUAAGUUAAAUAAAACUCUAGAACGAUUACCUUACUCAAAGUUAAAUAACUUAGAUAAUCUUGAUUCUCUGCUGCAAGCCAGUAUUCACUUGAACUCCUUUGAAGAAGAGAUCAAUAAGAUAGAAAAUCCAUCUCAUUUUCAAAUGUAUAGCACUCACUAUUUGUCUUUUAGUUUAUGCAUCUCGAUGUUAACCUUGUUUUACAUUUUAUAUAAGAGUCGUAAGUUACUUUGUCGUACUAAUGCCCCAUGUUGCAUUCAAAUAUUUAACCAAUGUCAUAACACAAAAAAUAACUCGGUGCCGACCUCUCAAACUGUAUUUCAUGGUGAUACAAUAGCACCCGUCACUAAGGACGAGUCAGAGUCUAUAGAAGACUUACGAGUGACGCCAACCCCUAUUAAAAGGAAUAUUCUGUUUGGCAAGACUCAUGAUAAUUAAUUUGUAAUGAAUGCACAUGGUUUGUAAUUAAGUUAUAAUUUUCUUUCUUUUCAUAUUGUCAUCUUGAUUUAUCUAGAUUUUAAUAAUUGCUCUUAUUAAUCAAUAAUGUUUAAUUGUUUAAAUACUUUUAUUGUUAACUCUAAUCUCGAUUUCCUUGCAUCCUAAAUAAUGAUAAAUGUAGUUAAUAAUUAUUAUUUUAGAGUAACUUUUCUAUCCUUAACAGUUGUAUUCAUGUCUUUUGAAAUUAGUUGUUAUUUUGGUGUUUUAAAUAUGUUUCUUUUGUUUAUUGUAAUGUCCGACGUAAAUCCACUUAAGCAUACGCGAUUUAGCAUACAUGAUUUAGCAUACAUCAAUCCUGACAUCUCUCAUCACUUUGAGAUGUGAUGAUCGAUCUUAACGGGGGGGUUGUUAUAUCGAAAUAACCCCUAUUACCAAUAUAAAAUUAAAUUGCUGAGUUUCCAAUUGCAUUGACGUCAAUGCAAUAGGAAACCGAUGUUAUUUUAAUUAGCGAUAAUAAUAUUUCUUCAGUUUUGGAUUGGACUUCCGUCGGGCAACUUUCUUUCUAUUUUCUUGUGAUUCUAAUUAUUUUUCAAUACAUUUUUAUUUUAGCCAAUUAAAUAGUUUUUUUUUAAAAACCAUUUUCCGACCCACUCCG